UCUCAUUUUUAUUUUUCGGUUCGGUUGAGUGAAAUAUGGAGCAGCAAAGAAGCACAUCGGAGUCGUCGCAGAGCCCUAGAUCUCCACCUUCACAGCGAUAUCUAUCAGUCUCCGUUUCCGAUCCCGUUAAAUUAGGCAAUGGCGUCCAAGGUUACAUCUCUUAUCGCGUCAUCACUAAGACCAAUUUCCCGGAAUACCAAGGGUCGGAAAAGAUUGUUAUUAGGCGUUACAGUGACUUCGUUUGGUUACGUGAUCGCCUUUUCGACAAGUACAAAGGCAUUUUCGUUCCUCCUCUCCCCGAGAAGAGUGCUGUAGAGAAGUUCCGAUUUAGUGCUGAAUUUAUUGAGACUAGGCGUCAAGCAUUGGAUGUAUUUGUUAAUCGAAUAGCUUCUCAUAAUGAGCUUCAGCAGAGUGAAGAUCUUAGAACCUUUCUGCAGGCAGAUGAAGAGUCAAUGGAGAGACUGAGAUCUCAAGAGACUGGUAUUUUUAAGAAGAAGCCAGCUGAUUUGAUGCAGAUGUUCAAGGAUGUACAGUCAAAGGUGAGUGAUGUUGUUCUUGGAAAGGAAAAACCUCUUGAAGAAUCAAAUCCUGAAUAUGAGAAGCUUAAACACUAUGUUUUUGAGCUUGAAAAUCAUUUGACUGAAGCUCAGAAGCAUGCAUAUCGUCUUUUAAAGAGACAUAGAGAGUUGGGGCAAUCACUCUCUGGUUUUGGUAAAGCAUCCAAGCUUCUUGGUGCUUGCGAAGGACAAGCUCUUGGCAAGGCAUUUGAUGAACUUGGGGCUAAAUCCGAGACACUAUCAAUUAAGCUGCAGAAGGAGGCCCAUCAACUCUUGAUGAAUUUUGAAGAACCCGUGAAGGAUUAUGUCCGUGCUGUCCAGUCCAUAAAGGUCACAAUAGGAGAGAGAGCUAACGCAUUCAGGCACCAGUGUGAACUGGCUGAAACAAUGAAGUUGAAGGAGAUAAAUCUUGACAAGCUCAUGCUAACACGCUCUGAUAGGGUGGGAGAGGCUGAGCAAGAGUACAAGGAGUUGAAGGCCGAGAGUGAGGAGGUGACAAGAAGAUUUGAGACAAUUGUGAGACGGAUGAAUGAAGAGAUAGUUCGAUUUCAGGAACAGAAAACACAAGAUAUGCGGAUUGCCUUUCAUGAGUUUGCGAAGGGACAAGCUCGACUGGCAAAAAGUAUUGCGGAUGCCUGGCGAAGUCUCCUUCCUAAGCUGGAAGCUUGCUCUGACACUUCCUGACCUAAUGAAUUAGGAGUAGUAAGUAGUAAUGACCUGGAUGGUUUUCUUAUAUUUGAGGGAUGGCAGAUUAGAUCUUGCAUUGUAAUAACUUGAACUAUCAGGAGCUAGGUCUGCCAUUAUUUGCUCUACCAUUCAUUGUUCGUUGGGACUCUUGGAUUUUCUUUGUACAAUUUUAGUGUCUAGGUUUUUUUUUUUUUCACGUGUAAAUUUAGGCCUUUUUUAUUAUUCAAUAAAAAGAAUUUCAUUCAUGCAA